AGUCAAUCGCGAUCCGGCGAGCCGUGCGCGUAACGUGAGCGCCCCGAAGAGGUUUCCGAGUCGACGAACUCUUUUGCGAAUAGGUUGAAGUCGAGUGCCAGUGCGGAUAUGGCGAUGGUUCUGCUGCGCCGGAGGGCCGUGUUCUUCGCCUUCCUGCUCGGAGCGGCCGGUUGCUUCGGCGAGAGGCUCGAGGAUCUGAUGAAAAACGAUCCGGAUAUAUCUGAGUUUUAUUCCUUCAUGGAGCCAUCAAAAAGCGCCAACUUUACACUGGAGAACAAACCUUGUACGAUUUUUGCACCAAUCAAUGCUGCUUUUCAAAAAUUGGGCGACUACAGGGGUGAAACAGAAUCGCUUAUCGCGUAUCAUAUGAUAACUCUGCCAAAGACAACCGACCAACUGGGAAGUUCAUACACUUCUCUUUCAACGGAUCUCUCAGGGAGUCCAAUAUGGAUCACACACAUAUCCGGGAGCUAUCACAAUGAUAUAUACGUCAAUAACGCAAGAAUAUUGGUCAGCCAAUCAAACAUCCAGAGUAACAAAAGGGAUUUCCAACAGGUCCUUCACAAAAUUGACGAAGUUUUGAUUCCAACUAUCACACCCAAAGGAGCCACUAACAAAGUAUACAACCCUACAGCAUGGGAUUUUUUGGAAAACUACGAUUCGAUUAUUUCGAACAGCCAAACUCCUUUCAGAGUUAGGAAUUUCCGCCAGAAAGUUCAACAGAAGGGCAAACAGACAGUCUACUCGAAAGAAGGAGGACACACAUUCUUUAUUCCGGUCGACGAAGGAUUCGGGAACGACAGAGCCGCCUCGAUAGAUGAGAAGAUAAUUGAUGGGCACGUCAUCCCUGGGCAAGUGCUGUUUACGACGCCGACGAAAAAAGACGUUCCUUAUCAGACAUCGGCGAACGGAGAUAAUAACAUUCGUGUGGUGAUUUUGUUUACGCAAGAACAAAGAGGCAAUACCGUUGUUAAUUACGUUAAAAGCCACACCCUGUUCGGCGAUGGAACUCACACACCGGGUGUAGUUUUGGCGGAAAUCGUGAAACCCAACAUACCCGUGAAAAACGGAGUAAUUCAUCUUAUACAGAAGCCCUUAAUGGUAGUGGAUGGGUCCGUUAAAAAACUGUUAGAGGAACAUUUGGACUAUAUCUGCAACGUUGGCAAUGUUGCCAGGCACGACAACUUUCAUAUCCCUGAGUAUUUCCAGGAAUACGAUCCGGAAUAUUUCCAACGAUAUCCAGAAUACCUCACGAGCAUUCAAUAUCAGGAACAAGAUGGAAGAAUUCUCAGCAAUUUCUUCAACGCCAUCAAAGACGCUGGUCCUGCGGGAGAAGAGUUUCUAAGAACGUUAGACAAAGGUCACGACAUUACUCUGUUCGCUCCUUGCAAUAGAGCUCUCGAAGGCGAUUUAACUUUGAACGCCAUUCUGAGGGACACCCCUAGAUUUAUGGAUAUCCUCAAAAUGCACCUGGUCGUCGAUAACAGGCUUUACGUGGAUAAGAUUUGGCAAGAAAGUCAAAUUAGGCCUCUUCAAGUGAGUACGCUGAACAAAGGAAAAAAUCUGUACUUCAACGUUUUAUCGACGGACAUUAAUAGAACACUGUCAGUAGAAGGAGGUGGUGUUAAUGCCACGGUGAUCCAACCCGAUCUGGCCGCUACUAACGGGAUCAUUCACGUUAUAGACAGAGUUUUGGGAGUACCAUACAGUACUGUAUUGGAUAAACUGAGGACAGAUCCUAUGCUGAAAUCGUCAUACUACCUGGGAAAUUUGCAAGGCUUUAAUUAUCGAUUGAAUGACACGAGAAAGAGGUUCACGUAUUUCGUACCCCGUGAAAAGGCCUGGUACGAUGCUAGGGUGAGAUUGCCCACUGCUAUUAAGACGAUAUUCAUGAAGGAGUAUGCAUAUCACGCAACUUCGACACUUGAACGCCACUUGGUAAUCGCAUCAGAAUCGUACUCGAUGGAAAGAAUCAAGCAACUCUCUAACGAUACUAACACUUUAGGUACUUAUGGAAAACGCGAAGUUGAACUACCCACAGUUAGAGGAUCUUUAAAAUUAUAUGUCGAAGAACGACAAGAUAACAUUAAUCCAGAAUCUGGUAAUCCAUCAUUCGUCAUAAUAUGGAAAGGAGAAAAAAUUCCAGUUUUCCGUCCGAACGUCGAAUGUACGAACGGAAUCAUCCACGUAAUCGACGCUCCCUUCCUAAAGGAAAGUGAUAUCCAAGUAAGCUCCGCUUACGUCUUAGGGUCUAAUAUGGUGAUGAUGGCGCUUUCGAUAUACCUGCUUGUUUAAAAUCGAUGAUCGAUUUCGAAAUUUCGAAGAGCGUCGUACAGGGUUUCUGUAAAGAGUUGUUCGAACAAACGUGCAUUUAAUAUUAUAUACAGGGUGUUUUUUAAAAUUAUAAAAUCCUUGAUCUUUCUGUUCGCCGCUGAUUCUUGUAGGAGUUUAUUCAAGUCGGUAUUUUAAAGAUCACUAUGUGUAUAAAAUGAUGUAAAAAUUGAUUUAUUUCACCGUGCAUUUUUAUGGUUAAUCUUCUAUUACGACUCUUUAUACUAACUGAAUGCAUCUAUCAUAUUUUUUUGUAACGAAACAAUAAUGAAUAUUCACCGCCCUCUUUGUAAAAGCUUUACAUUUUUUGUCGUAUACAUUGUAAGAAAUUAAAUUGUCAUCCAUCUAGCUAGACCUAGAACCGUUACAAUCUUCUCACUUUAGUGAAAAAGUUGUAAAUAAUAUACACCAAAGUAUCUGAUACUAAAAAUUUGCCCGUUCAAGUGAAAACGCUACCAUCUUAAUUCGUUGAAUUUGGCAAAUUAUUGGAGUCCUAAUAAGUAGCGAAUUUGACUCAAGAAAUUGAAGCAUUUCAGAUACGUCGUACGAAAGUACGCAAUAGAGCUGGCAUUAAAUGGAAGCAUUGCACUGGGUGACUAAAAAUGAUCAAGACUAUUACAUAGAAGAGUCUCUUACUAUUCUCUUUUACCAACAUAUUUGGAAAAGUCGCAAUUAUUAAUAGUCAUCCGGUAGUUAAAAACAACUGUACUAUUGAAAUUAUUUGAACUUAAUUCUUAUGAUGUUUAAGAGGACACGGGACACAAGGGUAAUAAGAAAUAGCAGGUUGUUUUUGACUCUUCUUUGACCAGCAAAAUGAGAAAACUGGUCAGUUUCUUUUGAUGUUGGUGAUAAUCAUAAUUAGACAAUGCUAGGUUUUAUUUAGCAUUCCGUUUCAUUAGUUUGCUGCACUUUAAAAUGUAUGAGAAAGUAAUAAUUUAAAAUUGAAUAUAUACAAAUCAUUUAAGUAAAAUUACCAAAUUUAAUUAGUGUUAAUUAACUUUGUGUAUAUUCAAUUUGAAAUAAAAGCAAUGGUAACAAACAAGAAUAAAUCUUUUUGUUUAGAUAGUUUUUAAGAUGUACAUAAAUGUGUGGAUGUAUGUAUAUCUAUAAAUGUUAAUAUUUUUGACUUUUUAAUAUACAUAUUAUAUUAGGAUUAACGAUUAAAUUUAUGCUUUUUUAUAUAUUGCUAGUUUUUGGGCACUGAAAUGCUUCAUAUUUAUAAAUAAAAGGAUAGGCGAGAUAAUUGAUUGUGUGCUCAGAAAAUCAAAGUACAUUCGUAAGCAGUACUGAUGGGAAAAUGUUCCCGAAAUUAGUGUUUAUAAAAACAAAUCAAUUUUCUUGCAUGUUCUUUGAAGUAAUUACCAAAGACCCUAAAUAUAUUGAAACAGUUAGACUAGAAUUUGUAGCCUCUUUUUCUUUGUCCAUUUAAAUCCUCUGUUACUAAAACAGUUUUCACUUAAUAUUAAAAAACCAGCUGCAAAUUACAGUCUUUCUAGUAAUAUUAUAUUGUGUGUGUCAAAACAUUGAGUACUAGGUAAUACCAAAUUAAAUGUCUAUUAUAAGAACCUCGAAAUACCUAAAUUAAUGAAUGUAUUAAAUCAAUUUCGACUCGAAUGAGAAAAAUUCAAAUAUAUUCAUGUAUAAUAAAUUAAUAUAUCCAGAUACUUAACUUUGUUGGAUACAAUUGGAAAAAUGCUUCCAAUGACACACAUCUGAUACACACUAUAGUAGGUAUGUAAACGAUGAUAAUAAUUAUAAUAAUAAUGUUAAGACUAAAUAAAUAUCUUAUAAACACUAAAAUCAUUUGGAUAUCUGUUGAAAAGUAGUUAGAAAAUUCCUUCUACGGCAAUAUAUCGACAGACUGAAUCAUACAUGUCGGUAUAAUAAUGCAAAAAAAAUUAUUAAUGUUUUUUUGUUACAACCACUUUAAUGUCUAUGGAUUAAAUAAUUAUUAAAUGUUGCAAUACUAUUAAGAUAUAUAAGUAGUUUUGAUAUGCGACCAAGGAAUACGUACAUUUUUAUUUUAACUAACCAUUUUAAUAAAGAUGAAAUUAAAUAUUCAACAAAACAGCGCAGAUAAUAAAUUUUGGAGUCAUCGAAUAUAUGAUAAUUGAAGAAAAAACCAAAGAUCAUAAAACUGAAAAAAUUUAAACGUAUUCUUUGGUUCAAAACGCUCCUGAUGUAUGUAUGUUUGAUAUGGGUCCCAAAUGUACUGACACAAAUGAAAAGAGCUAUGAUAGAUGUCGAGAAAAAGCUUCAAAUUAGACAUAGACUUUCAUUGUGUGGAAUAAAAAUAAUGCACUGCCAAUUUUAUCUUAAAAAAUAUCUUGAUAGAGUAAUAAUUAUUUAGGUAUUUGCUAUAAUUUUUUUAAUUGUAAUGUAAAGGAGUUUUUGUGCAAUAUCAUUUUUUGUCAUUGUAAUUUCAAAUAUGCAGGUAUCCCAAAUUUUAUAAACAAAAUUAACAUCAACUGGCUAUUAUUUUAAUUUAAUUUAAAAGUAUUCCAUGCGGGCAAACUAACAUAGUAAAGACCUGCUUAUAUAUUUUUUUCAAAACACUUGAUUAAAUUCAUAUGUGAGACACAUUGAAAAGUGUGUAUAAGGGGACGCCAUGUAUAUCUUCUACACUUCUAAUCUUUAAUUUUUAAAAUUUUGCACUCGGUUAAUGCCUAGUAUCUUAAUUUUGACUAAUUUCCUAUUAUGUAAUGAGUUUCUUACAUGUAAAUAUAUCUAUUUUCAAUAAAACAUUCAGUGCUCUUGAA